AUGGCAUCACAAGAAGAUAUAUUAAAAAAUCAUAUCAAUGCUCUGGAAACUUAUGUCAAAGAACUUUCAAUUCAACAACAACCACCUCAAAUACAUAUCACUGAAAAUCCUAUUCCUGUUAUUGAAGUUAAACCAAUACCAAGUACCACUUAUAAUGUUAUUGCAGAACAACCACCUCAAGUUAAUGUAAAAUCAUCAUUACCUAAUGUUGGAACAAUAGUUAUACCACAACCAAUUUCUACUGAAACUAUCAAUUCAUGGAAAAAUGAAGAAUCAUUAACAGUAGCAUUACAAUUAAAAUUAGCACUUGCAAUUGAUGAAUUAGAAAGGUCUGCACAAGUUAUAGAUAACAAAAAUACAGAAAUUUUUCAUUUAGAAGAACAAAUUAAAACAAUAGAAAAAGCUACAGAAAAUGAACAACGAUCUCGUGAGAUAGCCAUUCAAAACAUAGAACUUUGGAAACAAAAUGAUGAAUUAAAGAAAGCCGCAUUAGAAGCUCUUGAAGUAUUAAAUGGAAAAACAAUAGAAAAAGUAUGUGUUGAUGAAAUUAUGCAACAACGUAAACAAAUGGAAGGGUUAAUGGAAAAAUUAAUUCAACGAUUUAAAGAAGUGACUGUAGAAAAAUCACAAUUAGAAAUUAAAUUAAGAAAUAUGGAAAAUUUAAUUCAAAUGAAAGACACAAAAAUUGAACAAAUACAACAAACUAAAUUAAUUUAUGAAAAAUUUAAACCAAUAACACCAACACCUCUUUCUAAUCAAAUUGAAAUCGAACAAUUAAAAAAAGAAAAUAAACAAUUAAAAAUAAGUAUUGAAGAAUUAAAUAAAAAUAAAAGAGAAUUAAUAAAUAAUGUUGAAGAGCUUCAAAAACAACCUGUUGUUGAAAAGUUUAUUAAAGUUGUUGAAAAAACUGGAGGAGAAGAAUAUGCUGAAAAAUAUAAAGAAUUAAGAAAUCAAUUAAAUGAUGAACGAAAAGAAUGGAAAGAAGAAAAAGAAGAAUUAAAACAAAAAGAAGAACAAUUAAUUAAUUUAAAUCAGUCAUUACAAAAACAAAUUAUUCAACAAAGUGAGUGGUCUGAAAAAGAAGAAUGUCAACAAAUUAUUAAAGAAAAGAAUUCAAUUAUUGGAAAAAUUCAAUUAGAAUGUUUAGAAGCUAAGCAACAAGUUGAAAAAGCAAAUGAAAUGAUUCAACAUGUUCAACAAAUACAAGAAGAAAAAGAGUCUUAUUUAAAACAAAAACAAGCACUUGAUAUUAUAAAAAAUCAAUUAGAACAAGAUAAAAAGAAUUUAGAAGAAAUAGUCAUUAAACUUAAUAAUGAAAUACAAGAAAAAAAUAAACAAAUUAUGGAAUUAGAAAUAAACAAAAAAGAAUUAGAACAAACUGUUACUCAACACGUUAAUGAAUUAAAUAUUUCUAAUCAAAAUUCUAAAAAUAUUAUCAAUCAAAAAGAAAAAGAAUUAAUUGAUAAAAAUACAGAAAUUAAAAGAUUAAAUGAACGCAUUGAACAAUUACAGUUAAACCUUCAUCAAAAAGAUUUAUCUAUUCAACAGUUAAAGUCUAUUAAAUUUGAACAAUCCCAAAAAUUAUCACAAAAACUUCAAGAACAUUCUUCUCAACAACAUAGUCCUAUUGAACCUACUAUUUCACCACCACCUCAACAAAACCAAAUCCCUAAUCAACCAACUCAACCAGUUACUUCUUUGCAAUUGGUUAUUGGUACUGUAAAUCCCUCAACCAACGAAUUAAAACCAUUAACCAAUGAACCAAAACCACUAACUAGUGAAUUAAACCCAACUUUAUCAACUCAAAAAACACAAGAAAUAUCAAACACUAAUAGUAUAAAACAAAACACUAGUAAAGAUGUUUCUGAUUUUCUUGAAAGGAUACGUCCAGUUAAACGAGAACUUGAAAAUGAUAGUACUCCUGUUCCCCAAAAAAAGCAACCAAAACGUAUUGAAACACAAGAAGAACGAGAGGAAAGAAGAAGAAAAAAGUUUGAACGUCCAUUAGAGAGCCCAAAACGUUCUAAUUCUACUUUCUCCACAUCUUCUACCCCACUUCCUCCAAGGCAUUUAGGCAAUGAACAUAUUGUAAAUGUAGCUACUACAAAUACAAUAGAACAUAAAGAACAAACUCAAAACCAAUCAAAUGAAACCAAAAACAAUUUAGAAAAAAAUACUCCUUCUAUCACAGAUAAAGAAGAACAGCAAGACCAAACAAAAGUUUCUCCUUUAUCAACUGAAGCUAAUAACACUCUAACUAACCAACCACAAGCAAUAACUUUACAACCUUCUACUCAAAAUUUAUCAAAACAAGAAGUUAACUCAUUAGAAGUCACUCCUCAAGAAAUUAAACCAAAUCAAACAGAAAAACCUAUUCUACCAACUACAAAUAAAAAUCAAAUCCAACAACAAACAACAGUAGACUCUACUUUUAAUAAUUCUCAACCCAAUUCUACAAAUCCAAUUAUUACAAAUAAUGCACUAGAUAUUCCAAAUGAAACAUCUGUUAAUUCACCAUUAAAUAUAAUUCAACCUAAUUCAACAACACCUCAAAAAAUGGUUGAAGAACCUAUUGAACAAAAAAUGGAUGAAGUAUCAAAAGAAGACUCUUCUCAGAAAAUAAACGGUCAAGACUUCAGCUCAUUCUUUACUAAUAACCAACAACCAUUUGGAUUCGGAACAACAAACAACUUAUCAUUCAAUGUAUUUAAUAGUGAUUUACAACUUCAAACACAAGUAAAUAUGGAAGAAGGUAUUAACGAUGAAAGUAUUCAAAAAACUAAUAAAAUGGAAGAAGAGAAGAAGCCAACGAUGACAUCACUAGAAUAUUCUAGUCAAUUUGUUAAUACAAAGAAAUCAAAAAAGAAAGAAGAAACUGAGAUGGGCGUUAUUAUGCAAGAAGAAGAAAAUGAAGAAGAGAGCUCAUCUAGUUCAUCAGAGGAUAGUCAAGAAGAAACAAAAGAAGUAGAAGAGAUUGAAAAUAAGAAAGGAAAUUUUUAUAGUAUUAAACUUCAAGAAAAAGAUGCUAAAAAAGAAAAACGAAAUGCUGGAAUGAAAGUUGUUCAUUCAAAAGACCAUAAAAAAAUAGGAAAAAAAAAUAAAAAAGGAGAAAGGAAAAGUGGAAAACAUGCUAAGAAAUUUGGAAAAAAAUAA